AUGGCGAGACUACUCACAGCACUGGGUGUUCUGCUCGUUCUGCACAUGGCUUCAUCCAAUAAGCUGGUGUGCCACAUGACCAACUGGGCCCAGUACAGGCCGACCCCUGCCACAUUCACACCAGACAACAUCGACCCCUUCCUGUGCACUCAUGUCAUCUACGCUCUGGCCACCAUCAACAGCUUCAACCAGAUCAGCCCCAUCGAGUGGAACGAUGAGCAGCAGUAUGGGAGACUCAACAGCCUGAAGAAUGUGAAUCCUGCACUAAAGACUCUGCUGUCAGUCGGAGGCACAGUCAAUGGAAUGAGCCCAUUCAUUGCCAUGGUCGCCAAGCCUGAGAGUCGUGCAGCCUUCAUCCGGUCAGCCAUCAGCUUCCUGCGCACCCAUAACUUUGAUGGGCUAAACCUGGCCUGGGAGUAUCCAGGACACAAUGGCAGCCCACAGGAGGACAAGGAGAGGUUCACUCUGCUGGUCACGGAGCUGUCCAAGGCCUUUGAGGACGAUGCCAGAGACAACAGGAAAACUCAGCUGCUGCUGUCGGCCAACGUUGCUUCUUUCCGUGUCACCAUCGACAGAGCCUACGAAGUUAGCAAGAUUUCACCUCACUUGGACUUCAUCAACGUCAUGACCUAUGACUUCCAUGGACACUGGGAAGCAGCUACUGGACACAACAGCCCACUGUACCGCAGCUCCUUGGACUCCGGCUCACACCUUCAUCACAAUAUUAACUCUUCUGUAUCCCACUGGCUGGUUCUGGGAGCACCAGCUGAGAAGGUGCUGUUGGGUUUCCCCACCUAUGGACGAACAUACCGCCUUACCAGUGCUGUUAGUGGCCUGGGAGCACCAGCUAAUGGCCCUGCUGAUGCUGGGGCAUACACUCGCACUGCCGGCUUCUGGGCCUACUAUGAGAUCUGUGACUUCAUCUCCGGUGCUGAUGUUAAAUGGAUCGCUGAACAGGAGGUUCCGUAUGCCACGCUUGGCAGUUCCUGGGUGGGCUAUGAUGACAAGCGCAGCUUUUCUUCCAAGGUCCAGUGGAUGACUGCCAACAACCUGGGAGGUGCUCAUGUGUGGACUCUGGACAUGGAUGACUUUGGUGGAUCUUUCUGCUCAGCUGGGGCAUAUCCUCUCAUCAACCACCUUAGGAUGUCCAUGGGCUUCCCCCCAAAACCCACCACCACUCCAGCCCCAACCACUACCAGGGACCCCAUUGCUAACUUCUGCCGUGGCCGCCCUGAUGGCCUGUAUGAGAACUCAGCUGAUAAGAACACCUACUUCCAGUGCUUCCAGGGAAACACCUACCUGCACCGUUGCCAGCCUGGCCUCAUCUACUGGGAUUCCUGCAAAUGCUGCAACUGGCCCUGA